AUGACGGCACUAUUGAGCUCGCUGAGGGGAUCACUCCAUGGGUUUCUCAAGUCUAGCCCGUGGAAAACACCGAACACACCGACAAAAAUUCUAUCGGCCGCUGGACUAGUUGAAGAAGAGUGCUCUCCUUGUUAUGAUCCGAAGCAUUUCUACCCUGCCCGCCUAUACGAAGUUCUCAACAACAGAUAUCAGAUUACCGCGAAACUUGGCUGGGGCUCCAGUUCGACUGUAUGGUUAGCUCGUGAUUUAGAACAGUGGCGUUGGUGCCCGACACGAUACGUUGCAGUCAAAAUCAAGGCGAACAACUACGCUACGACAAAAGACGCCGAAAGAGAUCUACGCCUUGUCGAACAUAUUAGUCAUACGAACCCACGCCAUGUAGGCUACAAUUUUGUCAGCACGUUGCUCGACUCUUUUACGUUGCCCGGCCCUCAUGGUACUCAUGCCUGCAUGGUGUUCGAUACUUUGUGUGAGCCUCUGUGGAUGUUAAGGCGACGAUUCGAUGGGAAUGUGCUUCCAUUGGAUGUAAUGAAGCCUAUCGCAAGAAUGCUAAUAGAAGGUCUUUGCUAUCUUCACUCCCAGUGCCACAUCGUUCAUACAGAUCUGAAAUCCGACAAUAUUCUGAUGUCUCUUCGAGACCCGUCUGUACUCGAAAAUGUCACUUGGGAUGAGGUGUACGAACCUCUGCCUCAGAAACAUCUUGAUGAUCGAAUAAUAUACCUCUCUCGAAACUAUUUUGGCUUGGAGGUUGGGAACCUAGGGAGGCCAGUUAUCACUGAUUUUGGACUGGCCGUCGAUGGGUCUCGGAUCCAUAAUCAUGUCAUUCAACCUGACGAAUAUCGAGCUCCUGAAGUUAUUAUUGGAGCAGGCUGGGAUUACAGUGUCGACAUCUGGAAUUUAGGUGUCUUGAUCAUCGAUCUAGUGCAUGGGAGUGGUCCUUUUGAUGCGCUACAAUCGGAUACCUCCGCGUUCUCCAAUGAAAAACAUCUGGCCCGCAUAAUUUCAGUCCUUGGUCCUCCGCCCAUGGAUCUGCUCCAUCAAGCAAAGGACGGUUUCCGUUACUUUAAUGCGGAAGGUAUACUCGAUUUCAAGCAUUAUUGA